UGUAGAUAAAAUGGUCACGAGGCGGCAGUCGGGAUACGUCGAGAGACGAUGGCGGCUCUAAAGAUUUUACUAGCUUUAUUGGCGCUAGGUGCGCGUGCGCAAGGUAAAGUCGCCGUGCGCGCUGAUGACGUCACACUCAGUCUCGAGCCGCAGUUGACUGGCGGAUUCACACUUGCACUUAUACAAGGCGAAGAAAAGACAGUCUACGGAAACAUAGGCCGCACUCUCUUCGGUCCAUACACGUCUGAGGAGUUCGAAGGUGGAGUGGAAGUGCAUAUGGGAUCCGCAGUCUUGAAGAUAUUCACCGUGUAUGAUGACGUCACGGCGGCUAGAGGCUUCAAGGUCAGGUGGGACGCGGGCCCGGCCCAGAGGUUCGAAGACUGCUUCGAUUUUGGAACCAAGCACUGGUAUGGCGGACCGAUGCAGGUAGAACAGGUAUACCCUAUCGAGCAAGCCAAACGAGUUUACUCGGCCUACGUGGUCUCCGAAGUAGACAACGCUGCCAUCGUCGAGAGAUACUGGCUCAACUCCGCUGGAGAAUACAUCUACGUACAUCCAGAGGUCCCCCUCUUCGUGGACUACCACAAUAUACAAGCUAACCACAUUUGCUUCGGAGCACAAAUAGCUGAUCCCUACUCUUCGAAGAGAAACCACACAGAACUGUCCUACGAUUUCUGGUUGCUGAAAAAUGUCAAGGAAGCCCAUAAGCAUGCUGUGGCGAAUUAUUUAGGAAAGCCUUCAGAUUUGCCGGAUUUCAGAAUGGUAGAACACCCGAUUUGGUCCACCUGGGCGCAGCAUGGCAAAAAUAUCAAUCAGAAUAAUUUAAUUGAAUAUUCCAAUGCUAUAAUUGAUCAUGGAUUCAACAAUUCGCAAUUUGAAAUUGAUGAUCUUUGGGAGACUUGCUACGGUUCCUUAACAGUUGAUGAGACCAAAUUCCCGAACAUGACGUACCUGGUGCAAGAACUGAAGGCGCGAGGAUAUCGCGUGACGAUUUGGGCACACCCUUUCAUUAACAAGGAUUGCGAGCCGUGGUAUUCAGAAGCUUUGGAUAAAGGCUACCUGGUCCUCAAUGAAAACGGCAGUCCAGACACGACUUGGUGGGACAGCAACGGAACUGCCUCCGCGUAUGUGGACUUCACCAACCCUGCCGCCGCGGGCUGGUGGUCCAGCCGAUUACAGGCUCUGCUCGAUACCUACGGCAUCGACAGCGUGAAAUUCGACGCUGGAGAGAGCAACCAUUCACCUCAGGUUCCAGUGCAGCAAGGAGACAUAGACUUGCAUCCACACCACAUCGUACAGGCGUUCGUGAAGACGUGUGCAGAGUUCGGAAAUAUGAUUGAGGUCAAGGUUGGUUUCAGAACCCAAGAGCUGCCGAUCUUCGUGCGCAUGGUAGACCGCGACUCCAUAUGGGGCCUCAACAACGGUCUGUCCACGGUCAUCACAGCUGCCCUACAGAUGAACCUGAACGGCUACACCUUCGUCCUGCCAGACAUGAUAGGCGGGAACGGCUUCAACUUGGACCACGAACAAGCCGAUGAGCCUACCAAGGAUCUGUUCAUGAGAUGGGUUCAAGCGAAUACUUUUCUGCCGACGAUGCAGUUCUCAUUCGCGCCAUGGAACUUUGAUAAUGAAACGGUGGAAAUAAGCAAGAAAUAUGCGGAUCUGCAUGCGGCUUAUGCACAUGAUAUCUGGGCAGCCAUGGAGGCGUCGGUGGAGGAGGGCGCUCCAGUGACCGCGCCGUUGUGGUGGCUCGACCCAACUGAUGACGAGGCUCUCAUUAUUUGGGACGAAUAUCUUGUCGGCGAAAACAUCCUUGUGGCUCCAGUUCUCAAAGCCAACGCGACGUCCCGGGACAUCUACUUGCCCAAAGGGACCUGGUUUGAGGAGGGGGACCCGGAGAGGGCCCAUACAGGCCCCACUUGGCUGAGGGCCUACAAAGCCCCUCUGGAUGUCUUACCUUACUUCGUCAAAGAAGCUGGGAGCGUUCCCGACAGCACCACGUCCCUUCAAAUUCCUGCGACCCUGGUAGUCUUUGGUCUCAUUCUUCAAGUUUUUAAUAUCUAAAACUGUAUACUAAUGUUUAUUUAUUUUUCAUAAGUAGGCUUAGACGUUUAAAAUAGUGGUUGUAAAUACAAUUUUAACUUUUAAAUAAAUACUGUUGAGUACAAAAUUGUAUCAAUUGUAAUUGGAACCAUAUUGAGAACCAUAUUGAAGACUAUAGAGAACCGGAGAGGAAAUACGAUUGGCCACCUGAUACGACACGAUUCAUUUAUAACAAACAUUAUAGAAGGAAAAAUUGAAGGGAAGAGAGGAAGGGGUAGACCUAGGAGAACAUUUAUAAUACAAAUAAAAGAGAAGGUGCAAGUCGUGUCGUAUCGGGAGGUGAAGGUUUUGGCGAGAAGAAGAGAGGAAUGGCGAUCACUCCACCGACAAGAGCGCAGCUCUUAAACAGAGAGAGAGAGAGAGACAAAAUUGUAUAAUUCUUCUUCUUCUCUUGUGUGGGUUGUGAGGACAUACAACCUGUUGGGUUUCAAGACAUACUCGGGAUGAUGAGAAUGAUUUGUUCGUAAAUACCAAGAUUUUUUUAAACGCCGCGAAGAUCUCCUUGUAAAAUACACAUUGCGUCAUGGAAAAAGAUUUUUACCUAUAUCUAGACUGGUCCUACAUUCUUCUAGCCCAUAAUGUGAUGUCCAUCAAAAUUUAUAAUAAACUGCCGAACAUAUUAAACGAAGAAAGAAGUGACAAAAUCUUUAUUAAUAAAAAUAAAAAAACUUCUAAUUAAUAAAUGUUACUACAUCACUAGUGAAAGAUCUACCCCAAUGGGAAAUGCAGGUGAUAUCAUAUACUUAUGUAUGUAUGUAAAUUACUUGGCUCAUCAUUAUCGACGAAGAUACCGCAAUAUUCGGAAACCAGAAAGCUUGGUAAGGCGUCUGUACUCAUUUCACCUUGCGUCUGUACUCAGUCCAUCACUUCAGGUUAAAGAAAUCUUUAGUCAUUUAAGUUUAACUGAGCAUGUUUGGUUUUAGUUUCAAAAUUGUAUAUAACUGUACAUGUCUAAGUAAGAAGAGAGGUGUCUACUAACACAGGUGUAUAUUAACUUAACAGGGGACACCUGCACCUACAAUAAUGUAAUC